AUGGGAUCAAGUGUACCACCAGAAUUAACUCCAGAAAUAAGUACAACACAAGAAUCAACACCAGGUGAAACCACAUUAUCGACAACCACACAAAAGUAUACUCCCACACCAUUAUGUGACUGUGAUUGUAAAUGGACUGACUGGAUGGACGAUGAACAUGGUGAUAAAGUAGACCACUUAGCACCAGGAGAGUUUGAACUUAUAUCAGAACUGCGAAAUGAAUAUUCAUUUUGUGAAAAUCCUGAAGCCAUUGAAUGUAGACUUAAUAUCAGUCCCCACUUACCAUAUAAUGAGACAGGUCAAACGUUAACAUGUGAUCUUAAUCAUGGUUUAGUUUGUUUCCAUGAAGACCAGAAAGUACGACUGUGUUAUAAUUAUGAGGUUAGGUUUUAUUGCUGUGACACAUCGUGUUCCUGUACAUCAAUACCGGUAACUACACUAGAAUCUACACCAGGUAUAACAACAUCACAAACACCACCUGAAUCAACACCAGUAAUCACUACAUUACCAACUACUCCAGAAUCUACAUCAAGCAUAACUACAUCACGAAUGCCACAAGAAUCAACAUCAGUAAUCAGUACACCACCAACUACUCCAGAAUCUACAUCAGGCCUAACCACAUCACAAACACCAACAGAAUCAACACCAGUUAUCACUACACCAACAACUACUUCCCCAAAAUCUACACCAGGUAUAACUACAUCACUAACGCCACCAGUAUCUCUGGAAUCAAGUUCACCACCAGUAUCAACACCAGAAAUAAGUACACAAGCAAAAUCAACACCGGGUGAAAGCACAUUAUCGACAACCACACAAAAGUAUACUCCCACACAAUUAUGUGACUGUGAUUGUAAAUGGACUGACUGGAUGGACGAUGAACAUGGUGAUAAAGUAGACCACUUAGCACCAGGAGAGUUUGAACUUAUAUCAGAACUGCGAAAUGAAUAUUCAUUUUGUGAAAAUCCUGAAGCCAUUGAAUGUAGACUUAAUAUCAGUCCCCACUUACCAUAUAAUGAGACAGGUCAAACGUUAACAUGUGAUCUUAAUCAUGGUUUAGUUUGUUUCCAUGAAGACCAGAAAGUACGACUGUGUUAUAAUUAUGAGGUUAGGUUUUAUUGCUGUGACACAUCGUGUUCCUGUACAUCAAUACCGGUAACUACUCUAGAAUCUACACCAGGUAUAACAACAUCACGAACACCGCCUGAAUCAACACCAGUAAUCACUACAUUACCAACUACUCCAGAAUCUACAUCAAGGCUAACUACAUCACGAAUGCCACAAAAAUCAACAUCAGUAAUCACUACACCACCAACUACUCCAGAAUCUACAUCAGGCCUAACCACAUCACAAACACCACCAGAAUCAACACCAGUAAUCACUACAUCACCAACUACUCCAGAAUCUACAUCAAGCAUAACUACACCACGAACGCCACCAGAAUCAACAUCUGAAAUAACUACACCACCAACUACUCCGGAAUCUACAUCAGGUCUAACUGAAUCUCGAACACCACCAGAAUCAACACCACUUAUCACUACACCAAAAACUACUUCCCCAAUAAUUACACCAGGUAUCACUACAUCACCAACGCCACCAGUAUCUAUGGGAUCAAGUGUACCACCAGAAUUAACUCCAGAAAUAAGUACAACACAAGAAUCAACACCAGGUGAAACCACAUUAUCGACAACCACACAAAAGUAUACUCCCACACCAUUAUGUGACUGUGAUUGUAAAUGGACUGACUGGAUGGACAAUGAACAUGGUGAUAAAGUAGACCACUUAGCACUAGGAGAGUUUGAACUUAUAUCAGAACUGCGAAAUGAAUAUUCAUUUUGUGAAAAUCCUGAAGCCAUUGAAUGUAGACUUAAUAUCAGUCCCCACUUACCAUAUAAUGAGACAGGUCAAACGUUAACAUGUGAUCUUAAUCAUGGUUUAGUUUGUUUCCAUGAAGACCAGAAAGUACGACUGUGUUAUAAUUAUGAGGUUAGGUUUUAUUGCUGUGACACAUCGUGUUCCUGUACAUCAAUACCGGUAACUACACUAGAAUCUACACCAGGUAUAACAACAUCACGAACACCGCCUGAAUCAACACCAGUAAUCACUACAUUACCAACUACUCCAGAAUCUACAUCAAGGCUAACUACAUCACGAAUGCCACAAGAAUCAACAUCAGUAAUCACUACACCACCAACUACUCCAGAAUCUACAUCAGGCCUAACCACAUCACAAAUACCAACAGAAUCAACACCAGUUAUCACUACACCAACAACUACUUCCCCAAAAUCUACACCAGGUAUAACUACAUCACUAACGCCACCAGUAUCUCUGGAAUCAAGUUCACCACCAGUAUCAACUCCAGAAAUAAGUACACCAGCAAAAUCAACACCGAGUGAAAGCACAUUAUCGACAACUACACAAAAGUAUACUCCCACACCAUUAUGUGACUGUGAUUGUAAAUGGACUGACUGGAUGGACGAUGAACAUGGUGAUAAAGUAGACCACUUAGCACCAGGAGAGUUUGAACUUAUAUCAGACCUGCGAAAUGAAUAUUCAUUUUGUGAAAACCCUGAAGUCAUUGAAUGUAGACUUAAUAUCAGUCCUCACUUACCAUAUAAUGAGACAGGUCAAACGUUAACAUGUGAUCUUAAUCAUGGUUUAGUUUGUUUCCAUGAAGACCAGAAAGUACGACUGUGUUAUAAUUAUGAGGUUAGGUUUUAUUGCUGUGACACAUCGUGUUCCUGUACAUCAAUACCGGUAACUACACUAGAAUCUACACCAGUAAUUACUACACCACCAACUACUCCGGAAUCUACAUCAGGCCUAACUACAUCACAAACAAUACAAGAAUCAACACCACUAAUCACUAUACCACCAACCUCUCCAGGAUCUACACAAGGUACACCUACGCCAGACAAGUCAACCAGACCACCACCUAAGGAAUGUAUCUGUUAUGGCUACGGAGACCCUCAUUAUUGGAGCUUUGAUGGAAAUCGAUUUUCACACCAAGGCAACUGCACCUAUAUACUAGCACGGCCACAAUCUUCUAGGACAUUUGAAGUUCUCAUAAAAAACUUUGAAUGUGUUCUACAGCCAGGGACUACAUGUACGAAAGAAGUUACAGUUCUCUAUGAUAAUCAUGUCAUUGUUUUAAUGGAGAACUUUGAGGUAGAUUUUGAUGGGCGUAGGUUAUUUCCUCCAAUUCACCUGCAUGGUGUUGAUAUAAGUCGGUGGGGAUUGCAGUCAGUGCUUACUAUCAUCUCCGUGGGACUUGAAGUUCGCUUUGAACCGUAUUUCCACACAUUCAGCGUAACUGUCCCUUAUGAAUGGUAUUUCAAUGACACUGAAGGACUUUGUGGUCCAUGCAACGACUAUAGUGUGGAUGACUUUAUGAUUCGAAAUAAAACCGUAGUAGACAAUGUAAAUGAUUUUGCCAUGAGCUGGCAAGAGAAUUGGAACGACACUUGUGAAAUAAUAAGUCCAACGCCAUGCCCAGAUGAGAAACCAACACUUUGUGAUCUGUUAUACCAAGACCCAUUCAAAGCAUGCCAUGACAACGUCGACCCAGAGCCAUAUAUGGAGACAUGUCUGUAUGACGAGGAAUACGCUCAUUGUGACGAAUCAGGGGCGUGUGAUUCGCUAGCAUUUUAUGCUUACCAAUGCAGUUUAGCCGGUAUCUGUUUGGAAUGGAGGAAUAAUGACGUUUGCCCUUAUGACGACUGCUUUGGUGAGAUGGUAUACAGUGAAUGUGCUCAGACAUGUAACAACUCUAUUGAUGUCUGCGCCAUGGAAGAAUGCUCACUAGCACCCUCUCGUGGUUGCUUCUGCCCCACAGGAACGUACGACAAGAAUGGGAACUGCUGCUCCUGUGACGAAUGCUCGGUCCCUAACCCUCCACCCUGUCCAGAAGGGCACGUGCUUGAAAUGACAAUUAUUGAUAGUGGGAAAUGUUGUCCCGACAUACACUAUCUCUGCGUGUGUGCUCCCGUGUGUCCGGGUCCACCAACUUGUGAUCCCGAUUCGAUGCUGAGUAAAGUAGACGGCCCUUGUUGUCCAAGAUACGAGUGUGUUCCUCGUCACGGAAGCUGUAAACCCGUGAGCGGUGAAACACAGAUAGUGUAUAUAGGUGGAUGUGAAAGUGCUGUUCCGAUCAAAAUAACAGAGUGUGAUGGUAAAUGUAAAUCCGGUUCCAUGUGGUCAUUUGAAUCAAACUCUCUGGAGGACACCUGUACGUGUUGCCAGGCGACAGAAACAGAAUAUCGUACUGUUGAUUUGGUUAACUGCGACCGAAUGAACAAUAGCACGUCUAGUUUUUAUACAUACGAGUAUAUAUUAGAAUGUAGCUGCAUGCAUUGUACGAUUCAUGAAUACGAGCCUUCCUAUCAUAACAUUGACAAGAACUAG